AUUUGUCAUUUACGGACGGGUAAGGCGACACACAAUUGUAAAGCCGUACAAACAUCAUUUCUGCUGUCAUUUCGGAUCAAGGGGUGCAUUUUCAGUCCAACGGGCGAUCUAAGUAUCACCUGGAGCACUUCAAUUAUAUUUUUCUCCAAAAUUGUGUUUGCUAUGCACUUCCUAUGAAGUCUUUCAUAUUAACCGGUUGGGGCAACUCUAGUAUGAGCAUCAUGAAGCAACGUCGUCUUGAAUAGGUAACCUGACUCCAUUGAUGGAAUAUGGGGUCAAAGCGCCCUGCAGAUGGAAGCGGUGGCUCGGCACCGAAGAAGGUCCACUUCGAGCCUUUCAGAAUCGGACAAGUGUCAACCUUGGAGGAAAUGGAUAUGAAGACAUUGCAGUUUCAAAAUCGCAAACUGUCGCAACGAUUAGAACAGCGCGUAAAGCAGGAGGCAGAACUGCGGGCCCGCGUUGAGCAGCUGGAGAAACGUCAAACUUCUGACGAGGGUCUACUCACCGUUGUCAACCGGUACUGGAACCAGCUGAAUGAAGACCUGCGUGUCCUGCUGCAGCGUUUUGAUGCAGAGACGUCGGACGAGGCCGAAGGGCGUAAUGAAGCGGCCGCGACCACCUCAUUUCUGGGGUUGCUCCUUCACUGGGAUCGUGAGGAGCUGGAAGAGAAGCUUGCCCAAAGGGUUCAGGUAUCGACACGUGCUGUUGCGAAGGUGCUUCAGGCCUUUGAUCGUCUAGUGCAACGCAAUCACAAGGUCAUGCUGGCUCUGCGUGGUGGCGCAGCAGCAGGAAACAAUGAAGAGGACGAAGCGCCGUCUGGACCGGACGUGGACGAAGCAAUUCGUCAAUCAAAUGCGGAACUUCAGGAAGAGAACAAAAAUCUGCACACCAUGGUCACCUCCUUGCACGAGAAGAACCACUUGCUGUCCCUCAAAUACCAAGAGCAUAAGGACCGUGCUGAUUCGCUGCAGCUGAAAAAGGAUGAGCUGCGCAACCGAGUGGAAGAGCUGGAAUACGAGCUGGGCAAAGUGCGUGCUCGUGAGGAGAAGCUGGAUGCGCACCUGGCUGAAUGUCUGCAGAGACUCAAGUCACUUCCUAAGGCUUCCGGAAGCACCUCAGAGGAGGGUUCUGGUGCUCUUACGGUGUCUGUUGCACAGACUUCUGCGACAUGUGCCAAGGUCGAGGAGGUUCAGAGCCAGCUGGAGGAGCAGAGGGAGCUAGCUGCAGCGCGCAUCAUGGAGCUGGAACAGCUCCAGCAUGAUUAUAAGGAAUCUCUGAAGAUGGUGGAGCGACUCAAAAUGGACCUACGAAGCCUCCCGGAGACAGUGGUGGUUGAGACAGCGGAGUAUAAGUGUCUGCAGAGCCAGUUCUCUGUGCUCUACAACGAGAGUAUGCAGCUGAAGACCCAGCUGGAGGAGAGCCGCCAGGUUCUGGCAACAUCCAAGAACAGCCACCUGCGCCACAUAGAGCAGAUGGAGAGCGAGGAACUCCUGAUGCAGAAGAAGCUGCGCACGGAGGUGAUCCGCCUGGAAGACGCUCUUGUGCAGGUGCGCAAGGAGUACGAGAUGCUGCGUAUAGAGUUUGAACAGAACCUGGCGGCCACCGAACAGACGGGUCCGAUCAACAGGGAGAUGCGUCACCUCAUCACGUCUCUUCAGAGCCAUAACCGCCAGCUUAAGGGGGAAGUGCAGCGCUACAAGCGGAAGCUCAAGGAAGCUGCCGCUGAAGCGCAUCGGUUGAAGCAGACCCUAGAAAUGUCGCACGUAGCUGUGACAUCAACCGUGCCGUCGUCCGCGUCAUCAACUUCAAGCGAAGGGGGCUCGUCAGCCGGCAGAGAAGACAGUACAGUGGCUCCCGGAAGUGUUUCAGGGGGCCCCCUGACUGGACCUCACCAAGUUGAGGCUAGGCGGUCUGAUGAAGACUCGCAUGAUGAUGACCUGCUGCCCACGGAGAAAGGGAAAACAGAUCCAGAGCUCAUCCGCGAGCUGAAAAUUCAACUCAAAAAAUCUCAAGAAGCUCAAAGGGAAAUGAAGUUGCUUCUGGACAUGUACAAAGGAGCACCGAAGGAACAGAGGGACAAAGUUCAGCUGAUGGCCGCUGAGAAGAAAGCAAGGGCCGAGGUGGAAGAGCACCGCAGCCAGCUCAAGAAGUUCGUGGAGCAGGAACGCAAGGAGAGACGUAAACUGGCAGACGAGGAUGCGAUGAAAAAGAUACGUUCCCUCGAGGAGACUGUAGCUGCCCUGCACAAGAACUUGGCUGCACAGAAGCAAGAAGAAGAGGCCCUUCUCAACGAAAUGGAAGUGACGGGCCAGGCAUUUGAGGACAUGCAAGAACAGAACCUAAGGCUCAUCCAGCAGUUACGCGAGAAAGACGACGCGAAUUUUAAACUCAUGUCCGAGCGGAUCAAGUCGAACCAGAUCCAUAAAAUGCUGCAGGAAGAGAAGGGUACGCUGGCGGAACAGGUCGCCACGCUGCAGGCGCAGGUGGAGUCGCAGAACCAGGUUGUGAGAAAGCUGGAAGAGAAAGAGCGGCUCCUGCAGAACAGCUUAGCAACCCUGGAGAAAGAGUUGAGCCUGCGGCAGCAGGCGGCCGAAAUGCACCGCCGCAAGGCCGUGGAGUCUGCGCAGUCGGCUGCGGACCUCAAGUUGCAUUUGGACAAGUACCUUGCGCAGCUGAAAGACGCGCAGAGCAUAGUGACGGACCGUGCUGCUGUCCUUUCCCAGGAGGCCUUCAAGACCAAGCGCUUGCAGGAAGAAAUCAUAUCGCUUCGCAGAAAAGUUGAGCGGGCCAAGAAAUUUGAACUGGCGAGUAACACGGACGAAGUGCUUGUGGAGGAGAUCAAGGAAUAUAAGGAGUUGCUGACAUGUCCAUCAUGCAAGGUGAAGCGCAAGGACGCAGUACUGGUGAAAUGCUUCCAUGUUUUCUGUUACGAUUGCCUCAAGACCCGUUAUGAAACCAGGCAACGCAAGUGUCCCAAGUGUAAUGCUCCCUUUGGCACCAAUGACUAUCACCGGUUGUAUCUCACAUGAGCCAUGAUGUAUUUAUUUCUCUCAUUUCUGUGUCACCAUAAGAAGAGUCUGUAAUGUACAUAUAUUUCCCUCAUGUUGGAAUAAUAAAACAGUCCACCGAGGUGCUGUA